AUGGGGUUCCGCAAGCAGUUUACUCUGGCUGUGGCGGGCAGCUUUGUUCUUCUCCAAAUUCUGUUCCUCGCCAAUAUGUCCUAUCUCUAUGCGACGCAGUUCCGCAGCUCAACUCGCUUCCACAACAUGAAGAUUUUAUAUGUGGACUAUGACGGCGGUGUCGUGGGCCAGUCCGUGCUCGAUGCAUACGCCACCCUUCGAGGCGACAGUUUCCCUACGCUGCAACGCUCCGACGUCAAAACGUUUCCGACGCCUCGCGAGGUAAGAGCGGCGGUCUGCAGCGGAGAUUACUGGGGCGCCGUGUAUGCCAAUUCACAGGCGUCGACGAACCUAACCUCGGCCUUGGAAGGGGGCCCAGGCCCGUACGACAGUGCGAACGCGCUCACCUACGUCUGGAAUGGGGCCCGGUAUCCCGCCAUGUCGAUGAGUGCCGUCUACUCCAGCCUACAAACGCUGUUCGCCGUCACCCGCUCGAUGUACUACGCAAAGAAUGCCUCGGACGUGCUUCCCUUUGCCAACCUGACGAGUCCGACUGCGUUGCAAGCCUUCCUAGACCCGAUCCAGGCCACGGAGAUCAAUCUCAAAGUGACCGAGCAAGGGACGCGAGUGCUCUACAAUACGGUGUCCUUUGUCAUGCCCGUCAUUCAGCAGUUUUUCUUCAUGAUGGCCCUGAAUGGCAUCUCCGCCCAGUUCAAGAUCUUGACCAAGCUGGACUGGCACGCCAACGGGUUGCUACGCAUGUGUAUUUCAGCCGCAUACACCUUCGUUGGGGCCCUGUUCAUGGUCGCCUACAUCUGGUCCUUCCGGGAGUCCUGGGAGGUGAAUGGAAACCAGUUCGCCCUGUCGUGGAUGGCUAUCUGGCUCUACAUGCAUAUCAACUUCCUCAUCAUGGACAUCCUCACCACCUUCGUCCCCAUGCAAUUCAUGCCUUUCUGCGUCCUCACCUGGGCCAUCGUGAACGUGGCCAGUACCAUCAGCCCCUUCGAACUGAGCCCGGGAUUCUUCCGCUGGGGAUACGUCCUCCCCGCACACGAGACCUACCAGGUCCUCAUCCAAAUCUGGAGUAACGGCUGUGAUGAUCAAUUGUACCGCGCCCUCCCCGUCAUGUUCUCCUGGUGGGUUGUGGCCUUGGGCACCGCCAUCUUCUCCGUCCGUCGCCGAUGCAACGCGGCCGUGGCGGCGGAACGCGCCGCCCUGCAACCGGCAUCCAGACGGGCCUCCAAGGAAUCCGAGUUAUCGGCUCCAAGCAAGCUUGACGGGGAGGCAGGGCGGCAGCCCGGGACUCGCAAUUCCAGCGUCGAUCAGAUCUUGCCGCAGCGCCGGCGCGACACGGCCGAAUCGAUUCGUUUGGAGCAGCUGGCCUACGGUCCCAGCUUUCCAACGGCCCUAGGCCGAGAAAAUCACCCAUAA